CUUUAUAUCAAAAUAUUACAUAUCCAAAAAAAGAAGAAAAAUGAUGGCGUCUUAUCAGCUGCUUUUGGCAUAUUUAUUAUUUCCAUAUGAUCUUAUGAAACAGUUUAUAAUUUUAGAGAUAAAUUUUUAUAUUGAUAUAAAUAACAGUAAAUAAGGCAAAUAGUAAUGCAUGACGGAGAUUCGAUAUCCACCCCAGUAUCGGGUCAAACAUCGGUCAGUGAGGACCUUGACCAGUUAUUGCCUUCAAGUUUAGCAUUAGAGGAACUCCAGUUAGCUUUAUGUAAGGAAGCUGCAGAACAAGAACUAACUAAAGCAAUAGGCAGGUGCAAAGAACUUAUUUUAGAGAAUGCUGAAUGUUCUACAGAGAGGAAGUGGCUUGUUAGACACUUAAUUGAGCUUAGGUUAAGGUUACAGGAACACAGGGAAGCCAUGGUUGAUCCACAACAUCCACAACACAAAGGAAAUAAUGUCUCCAAUAGAACUAUAAUGGGACAUCAUCUCAAACUCCAACCUCUAUUAAAAACUGCUACACAUACUUAUUGUGAUCAUUGUACAGGAACAAUAUGGAGUGUGGUUCAAGCAUGGUACAAGUGUGAUGACUGUGAUUUUUGUUGCCACUAUAAAUGCAUGAGUUCAAUAAUAAGGGAGUGUGCACAUGUUAUUGCAUGCGAAAAGGGCCAAUAUGAGUUGAAUAUUUGCCCUGAGGUGGGCAUGUCUGCUCAAAAGUAUCUCUGCGCAGAGUGUAAAACUGGGUUGGUUAUAAGUCCGCCUACAGGAUUAAUAACUUGCCUAGGCAAGUUGUUAUUUUCAGAUAAAGCAUGGUCUGAUGUGCGCCGCUGUGACUACAAUGGACUAUAUUACUGUUCUGCGUGCCACUGGGACAGUUCCGCCAUUAUCCCCGCACGCGUUAUUCACAACUGGGACUUCGAAGCUCGGCCAGUCUCUCAGGCCAGUCUUCAAAUCUUAAAAGUCACUUCUAUAAGACCUUUGAUCAAUUUGGAAAAACUGAAUCCCCAACUAUUCUCCAGGAUCCAGGAGCUCAAGUUGGUAAAACGGCUUAGGCAAGAGCUGCAAGGGAUCAAAAAGUACCUUGUUGUAUGCAGGAAAGCUUCAGAUGAACACCUGGUGUGGAAAUGCGAGCGUCCACAUUUGAUGGACAAUGUGGAUAUGUACAGCCUUCAAGAUUUGGUGGAUACUUAUUCAGGAGAUUUACCGUCAAUGUUGCAUGAAUUAGUUGAUAUAUAUUCGAAGCAUAUCAAAGUAGAUUGCGAUAUAUGUAAAGGAAAUGGUCACAUCUGUGAAGUAUGUAAGAAUGUAGAAAUUUUGUUUCCGUUCGUUACGAAUUCGUUUGUUUGUAAGGGAUGUCAGGCUGUCUUCCAUAAAAAUUGUAUAGAGCGGAAAAAGGCAUGUCCCAAAUGUGAACGGCUUAAAAAGAGAAAGGAAAGUGAGAAAGAGUAUCUUGAUAAUAAUAAUGUUGAUUUAUUUGAUGAAACUGAUACACUAUAAUAUAGUUAAAGUGAAAGGUUAAAAAAACUUAUUCUUCACUCCGUUUUAGUUUUUAUAAAGGAAUUCGUUUAAAAAAUGAAGAUAACGUAAGGAGAGAUAAAAUCUGGUAUUAAAAAUGAUAAAGUUUCUAUAUCUUUAAAUUAUUCAUAUUAUAUGCUUUUUUUAAAGAUUAGAAUUUUUAACAUAAAUGCUUGUUUUAGUAUCGAAAAAAAUGUAUGAGACUAAGAGAGUGCAAUUUUUAUAUGGAAUUAUAAUAUAGCUUGAAUUACAAAAAAAUUUGGGACGAUUGAAAACGAUAUCAAUAUGAAUUAAGAUAUAAAUUGGUUAUCAGUAUUAAUAUUAUUGUGGUUUAAUUUAUGUAUUUGUCGACUGAUUAAAAAGCAUAUUUUUAAUAUGGG